CUUGAACUGUUCCCGGUUGUUCCUCCCCAAUAUUAGCAGGCACACAUCGUCUCUAGUCUCAGUGAUAGGAGACUGGGUUUGCUACGCUGCCAGCAUGAAGGCUUUGCUAAUCCUGGGGCUUCUCCUCCUGCCCCUGGCUGCUCAUGGGAAGAUCUACGAAAGGUGUGAGCUGGCAAGAGCAAUGAAACGGCUUGGGCUGGAUGGAUACUGGGGCUACAGCUUGGGACAUUGGGUGUGCACAGCAAGAUACGAGAGCAACUUUAACACAAGUGCCACGAACUACAACCCUGGUGACCAAAGCACUGACUAUGGGAUUUUACAAAUUAACAGCCACUGGUGGUGCAAUGAUGGCAAGACUCCAGGAGCCAAGAAUGCAUGUGUAAUCCAGUGUCUUGGGUUACUGACAGAAGACAUUACACCGAGUGUAAAUUGUGCAAAGAGAGUUGUUCGCGAUCCCAAUGGCAUGGGUGCAUGGGUGGCAUGGAAAAAGUACUGCAAAGGAACAGAUGUCUCCCAGUGGAUCAGAGGUUGCCAGCUGUAAAGUGUUGGAGUUUAUUUAUCCCAGCUUGGUUCCUUUGCAAAUUAGCAGGGAUUUGCAUAGAGCAAAAUGUUACCUACACUUGUUUCCCUUUUACAAUUAAUCAUGUUCAAAAUAAAACAAACUCAAGAGAGAGGUUUAGUGCAACUAACUGGUGAAAUGCGAAUAUUUUACUCCUUGCUGGUAAGUCUGUGGAUCUUUCCAUGUGACCAGCUGCAGUAACUUAUUUUGUGUUCUGCACAGUGUAAAAGAUCUUUUUUUCAGCUCUAUAUUAUAUAUACACAUCAAGAUAAAUCAAAUCUGUUUUUCCUGUGAGAUCCUGCUACUAUUUUGUUCUGCUAAUUAUAGCAAUGUCAUCUUGCUUGCGAGCUUACAUUCAUUACAAUCAAUAAAAUUACUUACUUUGCAUGUA